AUGUCUACAAAACGAACACGAAUUAAAGUUCCAACUCGCAUGGUAGAAGGAGGCUUUGAAUUCAAGUUCGAAACCGAUAGCUAUGAUGUCCCACUGCAUGGAAUAUUAUCCCCCCAAGACUACACCUCAGUGAUUGACCGCAUCAACCAAAAGAUCAAACCAGCCAGGUCCAAUGCGAUUGAUAAAGGAUUGCUCGCGGCUGGGCCACUCCUUGUACCACUGGCGUUUUGGGGAGCCCGGCAUAGUCUCCAAAGUCGGAAACGCAAGCGUCUACUCAACGAAGCCAUUCGAGAAUUCAACGAAUCUCAUCCGGAGCUGUACAUGAGAUGGAAUCGAGGUGGACCCGAAUCAUUUUUGACUAUUGAACGUCGACCAGCCGAAGCAGCCUCACCAGCUGUUCCACCCGCUGCUAUGGGAGGCCCAAUGGUCCCGUACCCCGCGGCUGCUGGUAGCAAUAGCAACAGUGGCAAUAUGAUGGGCGGCAACAUGAUGGUGGCCGAGGCCAAGUUGGUGGUAUAG